UGACAGAGAUGGAGGAGGAGCGUCCUCGUUCGGAGCAGCGCGCGGACUGACAGUUGGGAGAAGAGCACGGGGACCACGACACGCGCUCACAGCCUGCACCUAUCCACAGGUCGUCUGUGUACAUUUAUCUACGUGAGACGGUAUUGAAAUGUGUCAGGAGUGGAGCUGCUGACGUUGCAUCUCGAAACCUGGUGGGAUCACUGAUGACCUUUGUUGCUGCCCUCACCAGCUCUUUUUUUCCCCCUGCUCUUCCUCCUUAUCCCUCUCCUCCCCUUUCUUAAACUCCCCUCCCCUCCUCCUGUGUGUCUCUCAGCCCUGGGUUUAUUACUCAAACCCACUGAAGGGAGCAACACAGUAUCUGGCAAAGGAUGAAGCGGGUUUGCCUGCCAACACCAGACAGAGGAUAGAAGACACAAAAGGACUAGCGAAGGGGAGAGAAUCACAAAGAGAGAGAAAGACACACACAGAGGACAACUAGUGGAGAGGGCUACAACGAAGCUGUGAGAGAAGCAACAACAUUCAAGAUGCCACGCUGAAGGAAAAACACAAGUUUCACUUGAGCGUCAUGAGCUAGCAAGGGGACCCUAACAGAUUUAGAACUGUGGACUCUUCUUAACAAACUUCUGCCCACCCCCACCCACACACAAAACUUGUGGAGUCACGCACUCCCGUUCGCUGGGGCUCCUUGUUAACACCUGAUAUGCCUGUAUAAGAAGUUUGAGCCAUGCCGGCCAAGGGGAAGUACCUGUUGAACGACCAGGAGCUGAAAAAUGAGGCACUAUACCGCAAAUUCUCCUGCAUCAGCCAGUAUCAGCCGCUGGUGCUGUUGCUGGGCCUCUCCAUGCUCUUCUGUGGAAUCCUCCUCAUCCUCUUCUUUGCUCAACAACUGAGUGCAGUGAAACACUGUGCCUUUGUGAGCGUGGUGAGUGGCAGCCUGUGUGUGUUUCUGGCCGUGUUUGUGCUGGUAUGUACAGAGAUGCUCUCACAGAGAUGGAGGCACCUGCUCGGCCUGAUUGUAUGGGCCACACAUCUCACCAUGGGCUACACCUUCAUCUUCUGCAGCCCCAUCAUCCUGCCUUGGGACCAGGUGCCUUUCUUCCUCUUCAUCAUCUUCACCGUGUACACCAUGCUGCCGUUCCAGUUGUGGUACGCUGUGGUGCUGAGUGUCAUCUCCUCACUGUCUCACAUCAUGGUCCUCACACUGUACCUCACCAUAAAGAGCAGUGUGUCCCCUCCUAACCUUCCGAACCAGCUGCUGUCCAAUGCAGUGGUGUUCCUGUGUGGCAGUGUGGUGGGAGCCUUUCAUAAGGUUCUGAUGGAGAAAACCCUGAGGCAGACCUUUCAAGACACCUUGAGGUGCCUGAGCAUGCGGAUGAAGCUGGUGAUAGAAAAGAGACAGCAGGAGAACCUACUGCAGUCUGUGCUGCCAGUCUACAUCUCCAUGAAGAUGAAGCUGGCCAUCAGGGAGCGCUUGCAAGACUGUAAAGACAAAGAAGAACAACAGCGACUUGUCAAAGAUAACAACUUCCACAGUCUUUAUGUCAAGAGGCACGAGAAUGUCAGUAUUCUGUAUGCUGACAUUGUUGGCUUCACCCGAUUGGCCAGUGACUGUUCUCCCAAAGAGCUGGUCAUCAUGCUCAAUGAAUUGUUUGGCAAGUUUGACCAAAUUGCCAAGGAGAAUGAAUGCAUGAGAAUCAAGAUCCUUGGGGACUGCUACUACUGUGUGUCAGGUUUGCCGGUCUCACUGCCUAAACAUGCCAAGAACUGCGUCAAAAUGGGCCUGGACAUGUGUGAAGCCAUCAAACAGGUACGGGAGGCCACGGGAGUGGAUAUCAAUAUGAGAGUGGGCGUGCACUCGGGCAAUGUGCUCUGCGGUGUGAUUGGCCUUCGCAAGUGGCAGUUUGAUGUUUGGUCACAUGAUGUCACCCUGGCCAAUCAUAUGGAGUCAGGAGGCCUUCCAGGACGUGUCCACAUCACAGAGGCGACACUGAAGCACCUGAACAAGGCUUAUGAAGUGGAAGAAGGCGAGGGCCACCUCAGGGACCCCUACUUAAAAGAGCUCAAUGUCCGAACCUACCUAGUCAUUGAUCCACGGUCUAAGGACCCACCCAACAGCCGGAGUGCGCCUAAACCUCGGGUGAACGAUGGCCUGAAGAUGCGAGCAUCUGUGCGUAUGACCCGUUACCUGGAAUCUUGGGGGGCCGUCAAACCUUUUGCCCACCUUCAGAGGCGAGAGGGCUUCACCCCAGACACCAUUGUCAACGGCAAGCCACGCAACAGGGACAUCCCUCUACGAACAGCCCACAGCUCCAAGAUCCCUGACAGCUUUGAUGAAUCUCUAGAAGAACCAUUCUCCUUGCCUACCCCUCCGUUCAGCAGCUAUAAGAACAAAUCCCAGAAGAGUAAGUUUGAUGAGGAGCUACACAAUGAGAUGACUACUACCAUAGAUGAGCUCAGCAGCAAGCAGUGGUCUAAGACUGAAGAGAGUAGCAGUUUAGCUCUGUGGUUUCCGAAGAAAGAUUUGGAAAAACAGUACCGAUCCCUGGAUUUGCCAAUGUUCAAACACUAUGUUGGCUGUGCCACCUUCAUCUUCCUCUGCAUCUUUUUGGUUCAGAUGCUUGUGACAAAGGAUCGACAGAUGUUGGGGAUGUCAUUUGGAGUAUUGGUCUGUGUGCUGCUGCUGACCCUGGCCAUCUGUUUUGCAGGUCACUUACAGCGCCUGUUUCCAGAGAAGCUGUCGAGGUGCCAGUGGCUGCCAGCUGUGUCGGAGGCGGUGGUAAAGCGUCCGUGUGUGCGCCUCGCUCUGGCCACCAUCACUACUACGGUCAUCAUUGUAAUGGCAGUUUUCAACCUGUACUUCAUUCCGACACAUAUUGCUGACCUGCCUCAUUCAAAUGAUUCCUGUCCGCAGGGAUUAGGGGAAGAUCUCUUCUACUUGCCUUAUUCUGUGUACUGCUGUAUCCUGUCGCUCAUUGCAUGUGGAGUAUUCCUCCGGGUGAGCUUUGAGCUCAAAGUGCUCUUCCUCAUCCUGGCCUCGGUAGUAUACUACAUCAUCAUCCUCAGCACCAAGAGGGAACUCUUCGUGCUCUAUGAAAACUUCCUCUACAUUAACAACCAUACCAACUGGAACUCCAGCAGCAAUGAAGAUGAAUGCAUCCUGAAAUGGAUGGGGCUGGUGAAACACCCCUGGCAGAUGAGCUGCAUAUAUAUCGCCCUGUUCCUGGUCACUAUGGUCAUCAUCUCACAUCAGAAUGAGUCCUGCUUCCGCCGGGACUUCCUGCUUAAGUAUAAGAACCGCACAGAGCAGGAUCAGAUCGAGACCCGGGAGAACGUGAACCGUCUGCUGCUGGAGAACGUGCUGCCAGCCCACGUGGCUGCGCUGUUUGUUGGAGAGAAUAAAAAGAAUGAGGAUCUCUACUACAAGUCCUAUGACUGUGUGUGUGUGAUGUUCGCCUCAGUGCCAGAUUUCAAAGAGUUUUACACCGAGUGUGAUAUCAACAAGGAGGGCCUGGAAUGCCUGAGGCUCCUGAACGAGAUCAUCGCAGACUUUGACGAGCUGCUGUCCAAGCCAAAGUUCAGCGGUGUGGAGAAGAUCAAGACGAUUGGCAGCACUUACAUGGCGGCUGCAGGGCUUAGUGGGACGCCUGGUCAAGAGAACAAUCAGGACAGAGAGAGGCAGCAGGCCCAGAUAGGGAUCAUGGUGGAGUUUGCCAUUGCUCUGAUUGGCAAGUUGGAUGGCAUCAACAGACAUUCCUUCAAUAGCUUCAGGCUGCGUGUGGGAAUUAAUCAUGGUCCAGUGAUAGCUGGAGUGAUCGGGGCGAGGAAACCGCAGUAUGACAUCUGGGGCAACACAGUUAACGUAGCCAGCAGAAUGGAGACCACCGGGGAGCUCGGAAAGAUCCAGGUAACAGAGGAAACUACGGCUGUGCUGCACAAGCUGGGCUACUCGUGCGAGUGUCGAGGAUUCAUCAACGUGAAGGGCAAAGGGGAGCUGAAAACCUUCUUUGUGUGUACCGACAUGAGCAAGCAGCAGGGUAUGGGGCUGAGCUGAGGCCAGGCCGCCACAGCCAACAGGACUGGACACAGACUCACAAGUCAAGAGUUUAUAGACUCGUAUGCCACAAGUGUUGACACAGAGCUGACUGUAAUACAGCUGUGUCCCUGUGAUGUUGCUGAAUAUUAAGGACUUACAGGAAGUGCUGCCUCGCUGUGUCGUGGAUGUCACCAUGAAUCAACACUUUGUACUCUUCGCACCCUGUCGGACAGAUGGUCAGUACGUACAGUCACCGUUUUUUUGUAUUCACGGACACAUUACACGUCCAGUGAUCAGUCACUUUUGUACUUUUUUUGUCUUUAACUUUGAUGUUUGUGAUAGAGAAAAAGUGUGUAUUGUACUAAUGCCAAAUACAGUUUGUACAGUAAUUUUUGAAGAGCUCUACGGUCCUUUAAAAACAAAACAAUGGAUUCUUUUGGGAUCAUAAUUUGAAACCCGUCUGGUUGUCCUGUGUGAGGAGGGAUGGGCACACUGCUCUGUUACUGUGUAAUGAGCAUGGCAUAUGUGAGCUGUUUCAAUAUCAGAAACAGGCUGUACAGAAGGUAAAGAUAUAGAAAACAUCCUCUCCUGCUCCUGUCUUUGGGACACAUUCACACAAUGAAAAGUUUCACUUUCUGGCCGUGCUGCAAACCCUUAAGUUACUGUAUCCUCAACUCCUUUUGAUUGCCCAAUAAGAUUAGGGAGUAGAUUCCAGCUGUAACAACUGUUUAAUAUUACAUAUAUGGCAACAUAUUUGCUACAUUUCAGGAGGAAGUGGACAAAUCCAUGUGCUGUAUGUCUGUCCUCUGUUAAAGUGUUGCUGCUUGUCUGUAUAUGUGCUGCAAUGAGGGAAACCUGUGACACUCUCCUUGGUGUCUCGGAGUCUUUGUGAUUGAACCAUCUGCCUUCUGUGAAUGUUUUUCUGGAUCGCUCUCUGCAUCUCUGAAAACUUGAUUUGUCUUGUGGCCUUAUUUUUUUGAGACCAUCAUCUUGUCUGUAAUUGUGGUUACAUAAUAAUAAUAAUAAUGAAAAUAAUAAUGAAAAUAACGAUGAUGAUGAUGUAUUGACCUUCAUGUUAAAUGUGACAUUGAAUUCUGUACAGUUAGAUUUUAAUAAAUGUUUCUUAAGCCUGCA